AUUUCACACAAUUGUACUUUAGUACAAGAUGUGAACCGUUGCUGGUGCAUAGAAAAGGAAGUAGUGUAGUAAAUUAGACAAAUGAAAUGUUGACUUUGGGACGUUUGCAUUAAAAAAACUGUGAUAUUCAUGGAUUUCAAACAAAAUGGCGUUGAAAAAAGUCAGGCUACUGGUAUUGGUGCUUACGGUAUUCAGCAUAUUUAUAUUUAUUCAAAUGUUCAUGGGUGAUAAAGGGCCAGUAAUAAUAGAAUCGUCGAGCAUUUUUGUCAAUGAUAAGGAAGAAAAUUCAGAAAUCGACGAAGGGCAUGAAAAUGGCAAAAAACAAAUUGUUUCACUUUUGCCGAAGAAAAAUAUCCUCGAAGUUGUUCGACAAAAUAAUUCUGUUAUUCCAGAAAAGUUUUUUGAGAAGAAAUUGAAUAUUUCACCUCAUGAGUUCGGGUAUUUACUCAAUCCAACCAGAUUCUGUGGUGAAAAUAUUCACAAUGAUCAAUCGAAACAAGUUUUCUUUCUCGUGAUGAUUGCAAGCGCAUCGUGGGAGUUUGAGAGGCGAGAUCUCAUUCGCCGCACGUGGGCGUCAAUGACCAAUGUUAGUCAAAAAUCGAUCAAAUACUUAUUUUUCGUAGGUAACGACAAUGAAAGCAAUUCAAAACUAAAACUUGAAUAUGUAAAAUUUGGGGAUAUAGUACAGGAAGACUAUCAAGAAACAUACAGAAAUCUUACUUUGAAAACACAGGGGCAAUUAAAAUGGUUGAAGCUUUACUGCCCUAACGCAACAUUUUAUAUGCAUGUUGAUGAUGACGUUAUGCCGCAUAUUGAUAGCAUCGUGAAGCAGCAUCUGGAUAUUUUGCCUAACUCAAGGGAAAUGGGUUGUGCAAAAGUAUUCCAGCCAAAGGUUCGCAGAGAAGGAAAAUGGGUGACGUCAUUAGAAGAAUAUUCUGGAGAUCAGUAUCCGCUAUCCUGUGUUGGUUGGUGUUUUAUAAUGCCUGCUGUCAUUGCGUUUGAACUUUAUUAUAUGUCUCUCAAUACUCAUUUACUUCAUUUGGAAGAUGUAUGGACGACAGGAAUUCUCCGCGAGAAAAUUGGAAAUGUAAAGAUUCGAAAAAUGGAAAAUGAUUUGGGAAAGAGCGUUUGUGAACAUUUAGGAUGGCCGAAGGACGAACCUACUAAUGAAAAGAUAUUGACCGCAUGGAGAAAGUUACAAAACGAGAAUUAAAUUAAUUAGGCCGAAUUCUUUGAAAAAAAGACGCAAACAAAGGACACAGAAGCGUGAUUACAAUGGACCUAUAUGCCUAAUUUUCGGCGGCGCAACCCUCCGGGUAAACCACUUUUGUCGAUCACUCUUCGCGAAUGUGGAAAACUAAAAGAGGGACAACGCAAUUGCAUGGUGGCCUACGACAACGGCCUUUUUUACCACUACUUUACUAUGACCUGGCAUAUAGCAAGGUGAAUAUGACUGAAUCUGACUCUAUGCAAACUAGUAUCCCAGUGAGCCAGACUGUCGAGUCAUUCUACUUUUAUUUGACCUGACUUUGAAUAAAAUGAAUUAUAUUGAGUAUUGAAAACUAUUGCUUUAUCGAGCAAUUGUAGUUUGUUCAAUGUUGUCCCGUAGAAUAGAAUAAAUCAAAAUUACUUGAAACACUUCGCUCUCUGACUCGAAGCUAUUAUUUUCGACCGUAAAAGUAAUAAACCCCACUUUCUUACCACGUGAAACAACCGUUAACCCCAAAUUUUAUCAUGUAAUUUGUCCAAAAUUCUGUCUGUGAUAAGUCAAGAUUGCCAUAACAGUAAAUCGUGAUUUUUCAUUUAAUCGCACGAAAUAAUUAGACUCAAACAAUCAUUGAUUUAGCUACAUUCAGCAUCAAUUGCUUCAAGUUAAAUCCACAUUCAAUCAUAACAAACUCUGUAGGGAAAGGGCAGACUUCUGGAAUACAAAAUUUUGCAUAUUUCUAUACAACAUAAACGUCAAUUGCACUUCAGAAUAUUUGAUAAAGAAUAGACAAUUAAUUCUGCUCAUCCAAGAGUGAUACUAAGACAGAUUCCUCCAUUGGGGAAAAGAUCAACGCCAUAAUGUCGCUCAGCGCGAAAACCAUUUUAGUACCUCCGGGAGAAGUAAUCUAUUUCGCGAAACCAAAAUGUGUUUGAUUAUAAAGUGUUGCCUCACCGAGUAUGGCACAUGAGUGAGAUAGGGUCUCAAAUGUGCAUUGUGAGUAGCUUAUUAUGCUUGGCAAUGAGAAAAAAAGAUUAGGAAUAUUUUUAGUGGAAUGCGACAGGUUUUAGAAGGAUCACCGGCUCAGAAAUUAGAUUUAUGGGAUCACCAAACGCGCUUAAAUUAUAUGUUGAUGUUGUUGAUUCCUGUACAAAAUAUAAUGUCGUAAUGUAAUAUAUAUAAAA